AUGGCCAACAUGAUAAUGGCCUCCUCCAAGGUCCCAAUCUCGGCACUUGCUUCCACCAUAGCCAAGCCCAAGCUCCACCCUCUCCGAAUCUCCAUUCCCAAAACCCUUGCCAAACCCCACCUCCACCAGUCUCUCAAUUCCAUCUCCGUCAUGCCGCCAUCUCCCUCGCCGUGGAGAUUGAGAAGGCGCGCUGUUCGACUUCGACCUCACCUUCUUGAUCUAGGCCAUGCAAUUCCUCCUCCUCAUGGCGACGCUAUCGAAGAUGAAGUCGUGACGUGGACACAGGCGGAGUCUUUAAAAGGUGCGCUGUGGAGAUUGAGAAGGCGCGCUGUUCGACUUCGACCUCACCUUCUUGAUCUAGGCCAUGCAAUUCCUCCUCCUCAUGGCGACGCUAUCGAAGAUGAAGUCGUGACGUGGACACAGGCGGAGAUGGAUUUACAUACCGCUCCUGUGUCUUUUAUUAUUGCAGCCACAAUUGCUAGUAUCAUAUACCAAUUGGUGAAAAGGAGAUUGGGGUCAAAAACAGAGAAGGUUUUUCCUCCCGGACCGGUAAGAUUGCCGGUGUUGGGAAACCUACUUCAGUUAGGCCCUCUACCUCAUCGAGACCUGGCCUUAUUAUGCGACAAGUAUGGGCCGUUGGUCUACCUACGCCUAGGGAGCAUUGAUGCCAUCACCACCAACGACCCCGACAUCAUACGUGAAAUACUUCUUCGACAAGAUGACAUCUUUGCAUCUCGGCCGCGAACCUUGGCCGCGGUGCAUUUGGCCUAUGAUUGCGGCGAUGUUGCACUAGCUCCAUUAGGCCCACAAUGGAAGAGAAUGAGGCGAAUAUGCAUGGAACACUUGCUAACAACAAAACGCCUCGAGUCUUUUGCCAAACAUCGAGCUGAUGAAGCCCAACAUCUUGUACGCGAUGUUUGUGCCAUGGCGCAGACGGGGAAGGCCGUGAACUUGAGAGAAGUGUUGGGUGGGUGGUCUAUGAACAAUGUAACUAGGAUGUUGCUUGGGAAACAAUAUUUUGGGGCAGGAUCGGCAGGUCCACAAGAGGCCAUGGAGUUCAUGCACAUAACUCAUGAGUUAUUUUGGCUGUUGGGGUUGAUAUAUUUGGGAGAUUACUUGCCAAUUUGGAGGUGGGUGGAUCCUUACGGUUGUGAGAAGAAAAUGAGAGAAGUGGAGAAAAGGGUAGAUGAUUUUCAUAGCAAGAUUCUUGAAGAGCAUAGGAGGGUAAGGGUGGAGAAGAGCAAACCAAUUGUUGGAGAGGAAGAUGGGGCAGAAAUGGACUUUGUUGAUGUUUUGUUGUCUUUGCCCGGGGAGGAUGGAAAGAAACACAUGGAGGAUGUGGAAAUCAAAGCUCUAAUACAGGAUAUGAUAGCUGCCGCCACAGACACUUCAGCUGUGACCAACGAAUGGGCGAUGGCCGAGGUGAUCAAGCAUCCACGUGUCCUCCGUAAGAUCCAAGAAGAGCUCGAUACAGUUGUCGGUCAAGAUAGAAUGGUCAACGAAUCAGACCUUCCACACCUUAACUACCUACGCUGCGUCGUACGCGAAACCUUCCGCAUGCAUCCCGCGGGACCCUUCCUAAUUCCUCAUGAGUCAUUGCGCGCCACAUGGAUUAACGGUUACUACAUCCCGGCCAAGACACGUGUCUUCAUCAACACGCAUGGGCUAGGCCGGAACACAAAGCUAUGGGACAAUGUGGAGGAGUUUAGGCCGGAGCGACAUUGGCUCGACGAUGGGGGCAGAGUCGAGAUUAGCCACGGAGCCGAUUUCAAAAUUCUUCCUUUUAGUGCCGGAAAGAGAAAGUGUCCCGGCGCUCCGCUUGGCGUGACUUUGGUCUUGAUGGCUUUGGCUCGGCUUUUUCACUGUUUUGACUGGACACCACCGGAGGGUUUGAGGCCAGAAGAUAUUGAUACCGAAGAGGUUUAUGGGAUGACAAUGCCUAAGGUCCAGCCCUUGAUGGCUGUUGCUAGGCCUCGUUUGACAAACAAUAUAUACGUAUCAUUGAGGGAUACAAAAGAUUUCUCAUGA